UUCCCGAACGAAUGCAAUACGCUUCCGUAGUUCUUUAAUGCAGGGAAUAAUAGUAAAAUAAAAUAAAAAGUGACUAGAAAUGCCUAAAAAAAAAAUGGGCACAAGUCCAGUAACGAAGUAUUUCUACUGUCCAGUAAUCGAUUACUUCUCCGCCUCGACGAGUGGCCGGAAACUGGUCCCAAUUCCAAGCGGCCGUCAGAAAUGCUCUUGAUCUGAUUGGCCGCGGCGGCUGUCAGUCCGCACGGCGACGAACGGCGUCGCCGCCGGGGGGCGGGGCGUAGGUGACGAGAAAGGAGCGGCGGUGCCCCGGAUUGAGCGGCGCUGGCGCAAAUCUUGUUUUUUUUUUUUCCUCCGCAUUUUGGACGGCGUCGACACCCAAAGUGGACCCCGGCAGACGCGUCCGGCCUCGCCUCAGCAUAGUCGUGCGUCAUGGAGUCUUACGAUAUUUUAGCCAACCAGCCGGUGGUGAUCGAUAACGGUUCGGGGGUCAUCAAGGCCGGUUUCGCCGGAGAUCAGAUCCCCAAAUAUUGUUUUCCCAACUACGUGGGACGUCCCAAACAUGUGCGUGUCAUGGCGGGCGCCCUGGAGGGGGACCUCUUCAUCGGGCCCAAAGCGGAGGAGCACCGCGGCCUGCUGUCGGUCCGCUACCCGAUGGAGCACGGCAUCGUCAACGACUGGAACGACAUGGAGCGGAUCUGGCAGUACGUGUACUCCAAGGAGCAGCUGCAGACCUUCUCGGAGGAGCAUCCCGUCCUUCUGACGGAAGCCCCCCUCAACCCCAGCAAGAACCGCGAGAAGGCCGCCGAGGUCUUCUUUGAGACCUUCAACGUUCCCGCGCUCUUCAUCUCCAUGCAGGCCGUCCUCAGCUUGUACGCCACGGGACGGACCACGGGCGUGGUGCUGGACUCGGGCGACGGCGUGACCCACGUGGUGCCCAUCUACGAGGGCUUCGCCAUCCCGCACUCCAUCAUGCGCGUGGACAUCGCCGGCAGGGACGUGUCGCGCUACCUGCGCCUGCUCCUGCGCAAGGAAGGCUACAACUUCAACACUUCGGCCGAGUUCGAGGUGGUGCGCACCAUCAAGGAGAGGGCGUGCUACCUGUCGCUGAACCCCCAGAAGGACGAGACGCUGGAGACGGAGAAGGCUCAGUACGUCCUCCCCGACGGCAGCGCCUUAAACAUCGGGCCCGCCCGCUUCCGCGCCCCCGAGCUGCUGUUCCGGCCCGACCUGGUGGGCGACGAGAGUUCGGGCAUCCACGAGGUCCUGGCCUACGCCAUCCAGAAGUCGGACAUGGACCUGCGGCGCACUCUGUUCUCCACCAUCGUGCUGUGCGGGGGCUCCACGCUCAUCAAAGGUUUUGGCGAGCGCUUACUCACGGAAGUCAAGAAGCUGGCCCCCAAAGACGUGAAGAUCAAGAUCUCCGCCCCCCAGGAGAGACUCUACUCCACGUGGAUCGGAGGUUCCAUCUUGGCGUCGUUGGACACGUUCAAGAAGAUGUGGGUGUCCAAGCGCGAGUACGAAGAAGACCGGGCGCGCGCCAUCCACAGGAAGACCUUCUAGGACGCCGCCCCUCCCUUUCGUCUCGGCCUCGCCUCCUUCUCAUUGGCCGCCCGCGUCCCGGUUGGCGCCCGCCGCGUGAAGGUCACGUCGCACGCGUCAACAAAAGUCCACGGUUUUGUUUUCUUGUUUUGCUACGGGUCCAUUCCAAAGUUUUCUAUUGUCACAAAACGGUUUGCGUAUCCUCGCUAUGCGGCCGUGUACUAGUACGAGCUUUGCCCUCACUAGAGAGACAAGUAUAUUCUCCGCUCAUAAGAAUUUAUGGCACCAGGAGUGCAAAUAGUCUUUUCCAGUAAUGCCGUUUGAGCAUUUAUUCAACGAGUAUGCACUUUCCCCGCACUAGUAGAACAACUUACUAGUAUCAUUUUUCUCCUACCAGUGCUACUUUAAGCCUACUAGUAUAACCUCGAGCUUAAGAUGAAGGAUGUCAAAUAAAUGCUCAGGUGGAAUGAAAGAAGGAGUAGUACACGCUUUGUCCUCACUAGUAUCAUUUUUUUUCCUGUACUAGUGCCGCUUUUGGCCUCCGAGUUCAAUUUGCACUCAACUGAAGCAGCUGAGGUUGUACUCCGGCUCCCUCCCAAGGAUGGCCGGCGAGGGCGCUAGUACGUCCGCGACCCUCGUGUGGAGAAGCGCCACAGAAAAUGGAUGCAUGGAUUUCCAAGAAGUAUUCAAAUGACUGAAGAACUAGUACACCAGCUAGAAUACUUGUGCACUAGCAGUAAGGUUUUUUAUUUUUUUUUUUGCUACAAGUUCCACUUUGGGCCUACUGGUAUAAACUGUAUCUGAAGGUCAUGGAUGCGGAAAAAAUUGUGCCACACCGAUAGCCUGUACUAGUAGCAGGCUAAGGUUGGCCAAGUGAGGACCGAGCACAAAACUGCACUAGUUGACAACAGUGUGCUACUAGUACUGCAACUGACUUAAAAUGUGUUAACAACUAUCAUUUCACUAGUUGCGCACCCAUGUUAAACUGGAAGCAUUUUGCCUCUGGCGUCAAAUCGAGUCGUCCUGCUAGUGAGGACAAAGCGUACUAGUUGAUGGGCUCCGAGGAUCCGGAAAACCUGCUCAAAACGAACGUCUCCUUGAUCACCACUUUUCGGUCUGACUAGUUGGGCAAAAGCGGCACUAGUGGCGGGGAACAGUUGCUGCACCGUCUUACUAGUGAGGAAAAAGAGCGCACUAGUACCUGGACUUGGAGCCGGUUAUCUAGUAUAAGGAAUAAAAGUGCAAUGACGCACCCAAACCA